UGAAUUCUAACGUCGAGGUACAAUUUUUGUUUAUUUGUUUAUGUUCAAUUUAUAUAAAUUAUUUUUACAAGUGUUUUGAAUUACUAUGCUUUAGAAGGGUUAGAUAUUAUAUAAUAUAUAACAUAAUAUGGAAGCAUAAACGAUUCCACGAUGUCAGAUACAACCCCUUUUUAUGUUGAUCGAGCCAAAGCUGGUCGGGCUUCAUGUAAGGGCUGUAAAGGCAACUGUCCCAGUGGAGAAUUACGCUUGGCAAAAUUAGUUUUUAGCCCAUAUGGAGAAAAUCAACAAAUGAAAUCAUGGCACCAUAUAGAUUGCUUAAUGAAUGUUCUGUUAAAACAACGUCCGACAACAAAACGUAUAGAUUCAAUAGAUGACAUAGGAAACUGGGAAAACAUAACUAAAGAAGACCAAGAAUUUUUAUUGAAAAAAAUUAAUGAAAUGGAAAAAAUUUAUGCUGACAAAAAUAGCGGUAAAUAUACAGCAAAAGUGUUAAAAAAUGAAAGAUUGCAAAAAGCUCCCAGUUCUAGUACUAGUGAUUUUAAUACAGAUGAGAAAGUCGAUAUUGAUAUAGAAGACAAUAAAUUCUCCACCUUCUUUUCAUUGUGCCAAAAAAUAUCUAAAGUUGAUGCAUAUACGGAUAAAACUGCAGCAGUAAAUUAUUUUUUCACCAAAGGAUGUGAUGGACAAAAGUUUAAAGGAGAUGUUAUUCUGUGGUGUAAGCUGCUUUUGCCUCAAGUUUCUAAACGUGUUUAUAAUUUAAAAAGUAAGCAAUUAAUUAAACUAUUCUCUAGAAUUUUUCAUACAGAUCAUGAUGACAUGUUGACGCAUUUAGAGCAAGGAGAUGUUGCAGACACUAUUCAACAAUUCUUUACAAAGUCUAAUACUUUGAAACCUGCUUCAGAAAGUUUGUUAACAGUGCACAACAUUGAAGAUUUUCUUGAAGAACUUUCAAAAUUUACAAAAGAAGAGGAACAAAUAUAUCACUUUAAGAAAAUUGUAAAAAGGUGCACAAUAAAUGAUCUAAAAAUGCUAAUAAGAUUAAUUAAAGGAGAUUUGAGAAUUAAUGCCGGACCAAAGCACAUUCUAGAAGGUGUACAUCCUGAUGCUUAUAAUGUUUUUCAAACAUCUCGUGAUUUGGACAUGGUAUUAAAUAGAGUAUUACAGAGUAAUGAUGUAAAACAUAAGGAUGCAAUUCAGAAAAAUGUCCAAGCCAAAUUGAGUCUUAUGACUCCAGUCUUACCGAUGUUAGCUGAAGCUUGCAAGUCCGUUGAAAUGGCUAUGAAGAAAUGUCCUAAUGGUAUGUUUUCUGAGAUAAAAUAUGAUGGUGAACGAGUCCAAGUGCACAAAAAGGGAAAAGAGUUUAAGUAUUUCUCUCGUGCUCUAAAACCAGUUAUGGCUCACAAAGUCAGCCAUUUUAAGGACUACCUGCCACAAGCAUUCCCUAAAGGUGAUGAUUUGAUAUUAGAUGCGGAAGUAUUAAUGGUGGAUGUCAAUACAGGAAAGCCAUUACCGUUUGGUACAUUGGGCGUACAUAAACAAUCUGAGUUUAAAGAUGCUCAAGUUUGUUUGUAUGUUUUUGAUUGCUUAUAUUACAAUGGGGAAAUUUUAAUCGAUAGGCCAAUUAGAAAGAGACGUCAAAUAUUGCAUGAGAUUAUGGUUGAAGUUAGGAAUCAUGUUAUGUUUUCUGAGCAGCAGCUUAUAAACAAACCGUCUGAUUUAGCUAAUAUGAUUGCAAAGGUUUUACAGUUAGGUCUUGAAGGGCUUGUAUUAAAGGAUCUGGAAUCAACAUAUGAACCAGGCAAGAGACAUUGGUUGAAAGUUAAGAAAGAUUACUUGUUCGAUGGUGCAAUGGCAGACACUGCAGAUCUUGUGGUUCUUGGAGCUUGGUUUGGCACCGGUAAGAAAGGAGGUAUGAUGUCUGUUUUCUUAAUGGGUUGUUUAGACACACGUCGAAAUCGCUGGGUCACAGUGACAAAGGUUCAUACGGGACAUGAUGACAGUACUUUGGAAAGAUUGCAGAAAGAACUAAGUCCGCUAAUGGUAAAGAUAUCUCAAGAAUAUACAAAGGUGCCAUCCUGGCUUGACUGUAACAAAGGCAUGGUACCGGAUUUUGUGGCAAUGGAUCCUAAAAAACAACCUGUUUGGGAAAUUACUGGUACUGAGUUAACGAAAGCUAAUUUACACACAGCAGACGGUAUAUCAGUACGAUUUCCUAGAGUGACGCGAAUUCGUGAUGACAAAAAUUGGGAAUCCGCAACUAAUUUAGAUGAAUUAAAACAUUUGUAUAAAACGUCCAAAGAAAAAACUGACGUUUCACUCUUGAACAAAUUAGCAGCAACUGCAGGUGAUAGCUAUGAACCACCGACAAAGAAAAUCAAGCAAAGUCCAAUUAAACAAGAGAUUAAAACAAAAAAAGUUAAACAAAGUCCUAUUAAAAAUACAAAAAUGGAUAAAUUUAUCGUUAAAGAUUCCAAAGAGUCUAAAGAUAAAGUCAUAAAAGAGGAGCCAAAAUCAGAAGAAAAGAAAAGAAAGAAACCAAAAGAUGCAAACACCUCGUCUGAACAUGUAAAUACAACUAACGAAAGUUUCGAUGAAGUUGAAGAAAAGAAGUUUAAGAAACAACUUUUACCUGAAGAUCCUUUACCAGAUGCUUUUAAAAAUAAAAAACUAGGAUUUUAUCCGGAUUUUAUAAGCAUACCAGAAAAAGAAAGGACUUACUUUGAACGUCAUUGGAUAGCGUAUGGAGGGACUGUGGUAAAAGCAAUCAAAGCUAUGGACGUGGAUUUUAUCGUUCACAAUGAGGAUACGAUAAGUUUUAAGAAAAUGAAGAAACUACAAAAGAAUAUAGCCAACAAUGUUAGACAUGUCACUAAGAAUUGGUUAAUAAAAUGUAUUAAUAGUGUAAAGCUUUGUGACACAGUACAUUAUGCUGUUUACGUAGAACCUUCAAAUUAAAUAUGCCGUUAUCAUCGCUUGUGAAAUUAAGACGAUACAAGUGUCAUUUUUUUUCGCUUUCCUAAGGCAGACUAAUAAUGGACCACCAGAUGAAAAGUGGUCAAAACCGCUCAUGCCAUAUUACUUUUAAUGCACCGUCAUUCACUACUACAAACCGAAACAGAGCAAUAAAAAGUAGCAAUACUUUGUAUUGCAGUAGAAUAACAUACAAAUGGAAGAAACCUACCCAGACGUGCUUUUAUUUGUACCAGAUUGAUAUUUGGAGGUUAUUACAUAUAUCAUGUAUACUUUAAUACAGUAAUUGAUAUUAUUGUCAUUAAAUUUGUUGAAAUUUUACUUGUUUUUACUUCAUAUGAUAUGAUGGAACUGUGAUUUUUUUACCUACAGACCUCGAAUAUUAAAUUAUUUAAUUUGGUAGUUGUAACACUGAUUA